AUGGUUGAUGAAAAGCACCUCUACGACGCCCACGAACACCUCCCUAUACCCACCUACGAAGAGGCCACCUCGUCGCGCCCCUCCUCCUCGCAGUCUCGCCUCGGCCCCUCCGAAAUCAGCGACGAUGCGGAACGGCAGGGUCUCCUGGGUCUCGCCAGUACUUCCACAUCCCGCCGUCGCAAUGGAUACCAUGCGCCGUCGGUUCAGUCUGUGCGAUCGAGCGAGGAUAGCGAUGACGACCUGGACCUUCCAGAGGUAAUGGCAGAGGCCGAGGAGGGUGCGCUGCGGCGGGAUAUCGAGGAGAUGGACUUCCUAGACGCAGAGGCAGCCGAGGACGGCGCAGCGCGGCGGGCACGCAUGCGCAUGACGUUGUCGAAGCGCUUCUCGAGCUUUACCACCAAGUGGAAGUGGCCGGCUUUCAGCUUCAGCAUGCCCUGGCCAAACUUUGGGUGGUUAACAGACCGGUUACCGCGGAUACCGGAGCAGUAUAGACCUGGGUGGUCGGUCAUCGCACGGCUCAUAGGACUGUUCGUCAUCGUGUCGCUAAUCUAUCUGCUAUUUGUGUCGGAGGUGCUGCCAGUGGGGAACAAUGCAUUCGGACAACCCUUUAACCCGGAAUGGGUGCGGAGCUUUGCACAAGGGAGCAUACAAAAGCCGCGAAUAAUCGAGAAUCUGAGGCACAUCACUUCGUAUGACCAUGUGGCCGGCUCGGAGGGAAGCUUGUAUCUGGGGAAGUGGAUUGAGGGGAGGUUCAGGGCCGCGGGAAUGGACAGCAUUGAUCACGAUUUUUUUCACGUUUACCUCAACUACCCUAAAGAGGGUGGCCGCCGAGUCGCUAUUAUCGACCCACCUGACAUGGCUUGGGAAGCAAAAUUGGAAGAGGACUCGGUAUAUGAACAUCCUACACCUGAGCAGCAACAAACGCCCGUGUUCCAUGGGCUGUCCAAAUCCGGAAAUGCUACUGGCCCAUUAAUAUAUGCAAAUUACGGAUCCAAAGAGGACUUUAAACGGCUAGCUGACAGCCAUAUCGACGUCACCGGCUCUAUCAUUCUAGUGCGUUAUGGUGGAACGCAGACUGAUAGGGGCAUGAAGGUCAAAGCGGCCCAGGAUGCUGGAGCCGUCGGCUGUCUUAUUUAUUCGGACCCGCAGGAAGAUGGAUUCAUCAAAGGGGCGCCUUGGCCGAAUGGUCGGUGGCGACCAAGAGAUGGCGUACAAAGGGGUACGGUAGCUCUCACUAGCUGGAUUGCUGGGGAUGUCCUGACUCCCGGAUAUGCUAGUACUAUGGAAGCGGAUCGUAUCAGCAAAGACGACAACCCUGCGCUCGUAAAGAUCCCGAGCCUUCCGUUAUCCUGGAGCGAUGCGCAAAAACUCCUCGCAGCCCUGAAAGGACACGGUGAAAAGCUUCCGGAGGAAUGGGUUGGCGGUGUUCCAGACAUCGCAGAGUGGUGGUCUGGCGACAAAACUUCUCCAAAGGUGCUUCUACAAAAUUUCCAGGACGAGUCUGAAAAGCAGGCGAUUUAUAAUGUCAUGGGCACUUUUGAAGGCAUUGAAUCCAAGAAAAAGAAGAUAAUAGUUGGCAAUCACCGCGAUUCUUGGUGCUUUGGAGCCAUAGAUCCGGGAAGCGGUACCGCCGUGAUGCUUGAGGUCAUUGAUAUCCUUGGAGCCCUUCGCGCGACUGGCUGGCGUCCUCUGCGAACGAUCGAAUUUGCGUCGUGGGAUGCCGAGGAAUAUAACUUGAUCGGAUCGACAGAAUAUGUCGAGUCCCGCAUGGACGCACUUCGAGCCGAUGCUAUAGCGUACAUCAACGUCGACGUUGGCGUUUCGGGAGACGAGAUCUACGCCGACGGCUCACCGUUAUUCAGGCACGCUUGGCUCCGCGUUCUCGAUCGAGUUGCUGACCCUGUCCGCAACAAGACAUUGCGUGAAGUGUGGGAUCAGAGUGGUAAUAAUCUCGGGGGUUUGGGAGCGGGAAGCGACUACGUGGCGUUCCAAGACAUGGCGGGCUGUUCAAGCAUCGAUUUUGGCUUCAACGGACCUGGAUACCCCUAUCACAGCUGCUACGAAUCGUUCGAGCUCCUCGAACGUUUCGUAGACCCUCAUUUCAAUCUUCACAAGACCCUGGCCGAGGUUUGGGUUCUUCUGAUUCUUGAACUUGCCCAGGAACCCAUCAUGCCGUACAACAUGGACGACUACGCAGCAGCCAUCAAGGGCCAUAUUGACGAUUUGGAUAAAUUCGCGCGUGCCAUCGGAAAUGUCGACUUCGAUGUCACCCCUCUUCGGAAGGCGUCUGCUAAAUUCGAGAAGAAUGCCAAGAAGUUCACAGGCUGGGAGGAUUUCUGGUAUGGCCAAGUGUACGGGACAGGAGGUUUCGAGAGCAACACGUUACAGGUCCACCGUCUCGCUCACAACGCCAAAAUGUCCGAUUUCGAGUCACAUCUGCUAGACUUGCCGCAGGGGAAAGGUGACAAAAAGCCUCACGGAAUACCAGGCCGCGAGCAAUACAAGCACAUCCUCUUUGCCCCCGAUGCAUCUGGAUCAGGGUACGAUGCAGCGUUCUUCCCAUUCGUACGAGAUGCUCUUGAUGCGCGGGAUUGGAAGCUUGCUCAAGAGCAGCUGCAGAAGUCAGCGGAUAUUUUGAGCAGGGCUACCGAUAGUCUUCUGCAUUGA